GCGCGGUGACGUUGCCAGGGAUGCGGACAGGUUCCGCCGCCGCCGCCGCCGCCGUCUCCUCCUCCUCCUCCUCGCCUGCUGCCGGGGUUUGUAUGAAAACACCGGGCGGCUGGCGGCGAGUGACCCGUGGGGACCCUCGGGAGAAGCAGCCCCUGCCGCCGCCCGAGCCGGAGCCGCAGCAGGAGCUGGAGGCCGCCCUUCCUUCUAGGCCCGUCCCUCUCCCCGCCCAGAGCCGCCUUACUAGCAAUUCUCGGAUUGUGGCACUCCUGGCUCAGCUGGAGAAGAUCAACUAUGAAUGUCCAGAAGCAGAAGCUGCCAGAUAUGUUACAUCAAAGAUUCUUCACCUGACCCAAAGUCAAGAGAAAAUCAGGAAAGAAAUGACAGCCAAAGGUUCUACAGGAAUGGAUGUUCUACUCUCAACAUUAGAGAACACGAAAGAUCUUCAGACCACACUUAAUAUCUUAAACAUUCUUGUUGAAUUGGUGUCAGUUGGUGGUAGUAGGAGAGCAAGUGCUUUAGUCUCCAAAGGUGGUACACAAAUAUUGUUGCAGUUACUUUUGAAUGCCAGCAAAGAAUCUCCUCCACAUGAAGAGUUAAUGAUUCAAGUUCACACCCUUCUUGCGAGAACUGGACCAAAAGACAAAAAGUUUGGAGUGAAGUCUAGAAUUAAUGGGGCCUUAACUAUAACUUUGAAUUUGGUGAAACAGAAUUUGCAGAAUCAGCGUUUAGUGCUGCCUUGUCUUCAGCUUUUACGAGUGUAUUCUACCAAUCCUGUCAAUGCGGUGUCCUUAGGGAAAAAUGGAGUUGUGGAACUGAUGUUUAAAAUCAUUGGCCCUUUUAGUAAAAAGAACACUGGCCUUAUGAAGGUUGCUUUAGACACACUUGCUGCAUUGCUAAAAUCAAAAACAAAUGCCAGGAGAGCUGUAGACAGAGGAUAUGUCCAUGUGCUUUUAACAAUUUAUGUAGAUUGGCACCGGCAUGAUAAUCGGCACAGAAACAUGCUCAUCCGGAAAGGAAUUUUACAGAGUUUAAAAAGUGUUACAAGCCUCAAGUUGGGAAGAAAGGCAUUUAUUGAUGCCAAUGGGAUGAAAAUUCUAUACAACACUUCACAAGAUUGCUUGGCAGUCCGGACUCUUGAUCCUCUCGUCAACACGUCCAGUCUGAUUAUGAGGAAAUGUUUUCCUAAAAAUCGUCUUCCAUUACCAACUAUUAAAAGUGCUUUUCAUUUCCAAUUACCAGUUAUUCCUGUGACUGGACCUGUGGCUCAGCUCUACAAUUUGCCACCUGAAGUGGAUGACGUAGUAGAUGAAAGCGAUGACAAUGAAGACCUUGAAUUAGAAGCUGAAAAUGAAAUUGAGAAUGAUGAUGAUAUAGACCAAAAUUUUAAGAAUGAUGAUAUUGAGACUGAUAUUAACAAGUUAAAACCCAAGCAAGAAUUAGGACGACCAAUAGAAGAGCUAAAAAUGUAUGAACAUUUUUUCCACGAACUUUCUGAUGACUUUCAGGAAUGUGAUUUAAUUGCCAAAGAACCAAAGCCCUUGGCAAAGGAAGGAAAUCUAGGUGGACCUAUUGUUGUUCCUACAGCAGGAGAAGAGCCACCUGUGGAACCAAACAGUCUAACAAAUUCAGUGAAAAAGAAUAUCAUUUCACAAAAAGAAGAAGGUGAUAAACAACCUGCCUUUUUAGACCUAGCAAAAGAAGAUAUUAAAAAUGAUAGUAGUCCAUUGCAGCUACAAGAAGGUGAUCAAAAUAGAACAGUUUCAUCAAGCCAGUAUCUCACUAGUGACCUAGUGAAGGCCUUGGACCGAAUAACACUGCAGAAUGGUCCCCAAACUUCCCAGAGCUUUACUGCCGGAAUAAAGAAAGAUUCCAGUCCUCACCUUACCUCCAUUACGUGCACUAAAACAUGUCCGCAUAUUUCUACUUGUGGAAAUGUGCUCUUUGAGGGACGGACUGUUCAACUAGGAAAGCUAUGCUUUACUGGAGUUGAAACUGAAGAAGAUGAUGAUUCUGCAUCUAACUCAUCAGUGGAGCAAAUGUCAAUUGAAGCACCCAACAUGACACCACUCCAUGAUUCUGAUCUAUAUGUUGAGAUUGUGAAAAAUACUAAAUCUGUUCCUGAAUAUUCAGAAGUGGCUUAUCCUGAUUAUUUUGGUCACAUUCCACCUCCAUUUAAAGAACCUAUUUUAGAAAGACCCUAUGGUGUGCAAAGGACAAAAAUUGCCCAGGAUAUUGAGAGACUAAUUCAUCAAAAUGAUAUCAUAGACAAAGUUAUGUAUGACCUGGAUAACCCAAAUUAUACUGUACCAGAAGAAGGAGAAAGUUUGAAAUUUAAUUCCAGGUUUGAAUCUGGAAAUCUACGAAAAGUUAUUCAAAUUAGAAAAAACGAAUAUGAUCUUAUUCUGAACUCAGAUAUAAAUAGCAAUCAUUAUCAUCAGUGGUUUUACUUUGAAGUCAGUGGAAUGCGGACAGGUGUUGGAUACCGAUUUAAUAUCAUCAACUGUGAAAAAUCCAACAGUCAGUUUAAUUAUGGUAUGCAACCCCUAAUGUAUUCAGUCCAGGAAGCAUUACAUGCCAGACCGUGGUGGAUUCGUGUAGGUACUGAUAUUUGUUACUACAAAAAUCAUUUCUCUAGAAGUUCAGUUGCUGCUGGUGGGCAGAAAGGAAAAUCCUAUUAUACGAUUACAUUCACAGUCACUUUCCCACAUAAGGACGAUGUUUGCUAUUUUGCUUAUCAUUAUCCAUAUACAUACUCAACUUUACAGAUGCAUCUUCAAAAAUUGGAAUCAUCACACAACCCUCAGCAAAUCUAUUUUCGACAAGAUGUGUUAUGUGAAACUCUGUCUGGAAACAGCUGUCCUUUAUUGACUAUAACUGCUAUGCCAGAGUCCAAUUAUUAUGAAAAUAUCUGUCAAUUUAGAAAUCGCCCUUAUAUUUUCUUAUCUGCUCGAGUACAUCCUGGAGAAACUAAUUCAAGUUGGGUUAUGAAAGGAACUUUGGAAUAUCUCAUGAGUAAUAAUCCUACUGCUCAGAGCUUGCGUGAAUCCUAUAUUUUCAAAAUUGUCCCUAUGCUAAACCCAGAUGGCGUCAUUAAUGGAAACCACCGUUGUUCUUUAAGUGGAGAAGAUUUGAACCGGCAGUGGCAAAGUCCAAACCCAGAUUUGCAUCCUACAAUUUACCAUGCUAAAGGUCUGCUGCAGUAUAUGGCUGCAAUCAAACAUUUACCUCUGGUUUACUGUGAUUAUCAUGGUCACUCUCGAAAGAAAAAUGUAUUUAUGUAUGGCUGCAGCAUCAAGGAGACUGUGUGGCAUACUAAUGAUAAUGCUGCCUCUUGUGAUGUCGUUGAAGAUAUGGGAUACAGGACUUUGCCUAAGAUAUUGAGCCGUACUGCCCCAGCAUUCUGCAUGAGCAGCUGCAGCUUUGUAGUAGAAAAGUCCAAACAAUCUACAGCCCGUGUUGUUGUAUGGAGAGAAAUAGGAGUACAGAGAAGCUACACCAUGGAGAGCACAUUAUGUGGCUGUGAUCAAGGAAAAUACAAGGGUUUACAGAUUGGGACACGAGAAUUGGAAGAGAUGGGAGCAAAGUUUUGUGUUGGUUUAUUCCGAUUGAAAAGACUGACAUCACCAUUAGAAUAUAAUCUGCCUAACAGCCUUCUUGAGUUUGAAAAUGACUUGAUUGAAUCUAGCUGCAAAGUAACAAGCCCUACCACUUAUGUUUUGGAAGAAGAUGAACCUCGUUUCCUUGAAGAAGUUGAUUACAGUGCAGAAAGUAAUGAUGAGAUAGACAUUGAAUUGCCUGAAAAUGUUGGGGAUUAUGAACCUUCUGUCCAAGAAGAUGCACUUUCUGACUCGGAGUCAUCAAAAACAUGCCUUCCUUGAGCCAUCUGCCAUCUC